AGCGAGCGCGGGACCGCGGCAGGGACGGGCACAGGUCCAGCAGUGUCCCCGUGCCUGAAGUGUCCCCAAGUCCAGCAUUGUCCCCGUGCCCGCGGUGUCCCCAAGUCCAGCGGUGUCCCUGUUGCCAGCAGUGUCCCCAAGGCCAGCGGUGUCCCGCUGUCCCCCGGUGUCCCGCUGUCCCCGCUGUCCCCCGCUGUCCCCGUGUCCCCGCCAUGCCGUUCGGCGCGGUGCUGGCGCAGGUCGGGGGCCUGGGCCGGUUCCAGGUGCUGCAGACGGCGCUGCUGGCGGUGCCCAUCCUGCUCAUGGCGAGCCACAACCUGCUGCAGAACUUCACCGCCGCCGUGCCCCCGCACCGCUGCCGCGUCCCCGCUGUCCCCAGCGCCGCCCCGAGCUCUGCCGGUGCCACCUCGGUGCCACCCGGUGCCACCCCGAGCUCCCCCGGUGUCACCCACGCCACGCUCGAUGGCACCGCGGGGUCCCCCGAUGCCUCCCGGGGCUCCUCCAAUGACACCCUGGGGCCCACGCUGGGGUGGCCCAAUGUCACCCUGGGGUCCCCCGAUGUCACCCUGGGCUCCUGCCGGCGCUAUGUGGCAUCGCCCGCCGCCAACGCCACCGACGGCCCCCGGGCCACCGAGCCCUGCCGGGACGGAUGGGACUACGACCGCAGCGUCUACGUGUCCACCAUCGUCACCGAGUGGGACCUGGUCUGUGGCUACCGGCAGCUGCGGCAGAUGGCCCAGUCCAUCUACAUGGCCGGGGUGCUGGUGGGGGCCCUGGUCCUGGGGGGCCUCUCGGACAGGUUCGGGCGCAAGGCCAUGCUGAUGUGGUCCUACCUGCAGCUGGGGGUGAUGGGCACCUGCACGGCCUUCGCCCCCAACUACGCCUCGUACUGCGCGUUCCGCUUCGCCGGCGGGAUGGCGCUGUCCGGCUUCGGGCUCAGCAUCGCCUGCCUGGUGGUGGAGUGGAUCCCCACCCCGUACCGCGCCGUCACCGUGGCCAUCACCGGCUUCGCCUACACGCUGGGCCAGAUCAUCCUGGCCGGGGUCGCCUACGCCGUCCCGCACUGGCGCUGGCUGCAGCUCUCCGUGUCGCUGCCCUUCUUCGUCUUCCUGCUCUACUCCUGGUGGCUGGCGGAGUCGGCGCGGUGGUUGGUGCUCUCGGGCCGGGCUGAGCGCGCCGUCCGCGUCCUGCAGCGCGUGGCCGCCCUCAACCGCCGCAGGGAGGAGGGCGACAAGAUCACGGUGGAGAUGUUGAAGUCCAACAUGAAGGAGGAGCUGGCGGCUCUGAAAUCCUCCUACACCGUCUCCGACCUGGUCCGGACCCCCGUGAUCCGGCACAUCUUCUUCUGCCUCUCCAUCGUCUGGUUCUCCAUCAGCUUCUCCUACUACGGCCUGGCCAUGGACCUGCAGAACUUCGGGGUCAGCAUUUACCUCAUCCAGGUGAUUUUCGGCGCCGUCGACUUCCCGGCCAAGGUGGUGGUGACGGUGUCGCUGAGCUACGUGGGCCGGCGGCUCUCGCUCAUGGUGGCCUUGUUCCUGGCCGGGCUGGUCAUCGUGGCCAACAUCUUUGUGCCCACAGAGCUGCAGACGCUGCGCACGGCGCUGGCCGUCAUUGGCAAGGGCUGCCUCUCCGCCUCCUUCAACUGCGUCUUCCUCUACACCACCGAGCUCUACCCCACCCCCAUCAGGCAGACGGGGCUGGGCUUCGGCAGCACCAUGGCGCGCGUGGGCGGCAUCGUGGCGCCGCUGGUGAAGAUGAUGGACGAGUACUACCCGUUCCUGCCGCCCGCCGUCUACGGCGUGGCGCCCGCGCUGGCGGCCGUGGCGGCCGCGUUCCUGCCCGAGACCCUCAACACGCCCCUGCCCGACACCAUCGAGGAGGUGGAGAACAGGCCCAAGCGGAAGCCGGCGGGUGACCCCAAGGAGAAGAUCGCGCUCCAGCCCCAGGCUGGGCCCCCCCUGAAGGAGCCCUGGGUUCGGUUAUAUAGAACCAGGGCGGCGCCGGAGCCGCGGCGGUGCCGGGGCAGGGCGGCGGUGCCGGGGCAGGGCGGCGGUGCCGGGGCAGGCGGCGGUGCCGGGGCAGGCGGCGGUGCCGGGGCGCUCCUGCAUGGCCCCGGCGGCGGCACCAUGGCGUUCGCCAGCCUGCUGGAGCGCGUGGGCGGCAUGGGGCGCUUCCAGCUGCUGUCGGUGCUGCUGCUGUCGCUGCCCGUGCUGAUGAUGGCGAGCCACAACCUGCUGCAGAACUUCACGGCCGCCGGCGGCGAGCACCGGUGCCGGCUGCGCGCCGAGGCCAACGGCAGCGGGCCGGCGCCCGAGGCCCUGCUGAGGGUCUGGGUGCCGCGUGGCGAGCGCUGCCGGCGCUUCGUGGCCGCGCAGUGGUGGCUGCUGGAGGCCAACGGGUCGGCGCCCAACGGUUCGGCGCCGCGCACGGAGCCCUGCGGCGACGGUUGGGUCCACGACCGCGGCGUCUUCGCCAGCACCAUCGUCACCGAGUGGGACCUGGUGUGCAGCUCCCGGGGGCUCAAGCAGCUGGCGCAGUCGCUCUACAUGGCCGGGGUCCUGGUGGGCGGCGUCUUCGGGGGGCUCUCGGACAGGUUCGGCCGCCGCUCGGUGCUCACCUGGUGCUACCUGCAGAUGGCCGCCAUGGGCACCUGCUCGUCCUUCGCUCCCACCUUCCCCGUCUACUGCCUGUUCCGCUUCCUGACGGGCAUGGCCUUCUCGGGCAUCGUCCUCAACAGCGUCUCGCUCUCUCUGGAGUGGAUGCCCACGCACAUGCGGGCGCUGGUCGGCACCUUCAUGGGCUACUGCUACACGGCCGGGCAGUUCCUGCUGGCCGGCGUCGCCUUCGCCCUGCGCGACUGGCGCCGGCUGCAGCUCGUGGUGUCCCUGCCCUUCUUCGGCUUCUUCCUCUACUCCUGGUGGCUGACGGAGUCGGCGCGGUGGCUCGUCAUGGUGGGGAGGUCCCCCCAGGCCCUGCGGGAGCUCCAGAAGGUGGCCAGGAUCAACGGCAAGAAGGAGGAAGGGGACAAGCUCGACAUAGAAACCCUGAGGUCCCACAUGGAGAAGGAGAUGACGUCGUCGAGGACUCGCCACACCGUGCUUGACCUGGUGCGGACGCCGGUUCUGCGCCGCAUCUCCCUGUGCCUCUGCUUCGUGUGGUUCUCCACCAGCUUCGCCUACUACGGGCUGGCCAUGGACCUGCAGAACUUUGAGUUCGACAUCUACGUGGUCCAGCUCAUCUUCGGCGCCGUGGACAUCCCGGCCAAGCUGGUGUCCGUGCUGACCAUCACCUACGUGGGGCGCCGCUUCACCCAGGCCUUGGCCCUCGUCCUGGCCGGCCUGGCCAUCCUGGCCAACGCCUUCGUGCCGCGAGACCUUCGGACGCUCCGGACAGCGCUGGCUGUUUUUGGCAAAGGUUGUUUGGCCGCGUCCUUCAACUGCGUCUUCCUCUACACGGGCGAGCUCUACCCCACCGUGAUCCGGCAGACGGGCAUGGGCUUGGCCAACACCAUGUCGCGGCUGGGCAGCAUCAUGGCGCCCCUGGUGAAGAUGGCGGGCGAGCUCUUCCCGGCGCUGCCCUUCCUCAUCUACGGCACCGCGCCCGUCGUGUCGGGGCUGGUGGCCGCGUUCCUGCCCGAGACACGGAACAUGGCGCUGCCAGAAACCGUGGAGGAGGUGGAGGGAAGGACACGAUCCCACAAGGACGAAGCCCAGCUCCAGGUCCCGCUCCAGCCCCCCCAGCCCAGCAACUCCACAGCGCCCCAUUAGUGCCCCCCCACCCAGGGCACCCCCAAAAUCCUCAGCCCUCGCUGCCCUCCCGGAUGAACGAGCAGGAUUUGGGGGGCAGAGGGGGUCCAAGCUCCCCCAAAGAUCCAAGGGACAGCAGUGACAUGAGGGGACUCGGCUGCCCCUCCCUGCAGAGUGGGGGGGACGCUGGGGCCCCCCAAAAUCGCCUCGUCUGGGACUUUUCGGCCGUGCUGGAAUAAAAAACAAUAAAAGCAAA